UCUGCACGUUUGAUGGUACACACAGUGGCAACCUUUAACUCGAUCAAGGAACUGAACGAACGCUGGAGAUCUCUGCAGCAGUUAGCAGAGGAGCGAAGCCAGCUCUUGGGCAGUGCCCAUGAAGUCCAGAGGUUCCACAGAGAUGCUGAUGAAACAAAAGAAUGGAUAGAGGAGAAGAACCAAGCAUUAAAUACAGACAAUUAUGGACAUGACUUGGCCAGCGUGCAGGCUCUGCAGCGCAAACAUGAAGGUUUUGAGAGAGACUUGGCAGCUCUUGGAGACAAGGUGAAUUCUCUUGGUGAAACCGCCCAGCGUCUGAUCCAGUCACAUCCUGAAUCUGCUGAAGAUCUCCAAGAAAAAUGUACUGAGUUGAACCAGGCUUGGAACAGUCUGGGCAAACGUGCUGACCAGCGCAAAGAGAAGCUUGGAGAUUCUCAUGACCUGCAGCGUUUCCUCAGUGACUUCAGGGACCUUAUGUCUUGGAUCAAUGGAAUCCGGGGCCUGGUCUCCUCAGAUGAACUUGCAAAGGAUGUGACUGGAGCUGAAGCUUUACUGGAAAGGCAUCAGGAACACCGCACUGAAAUAGAUGCAAGGGCUGGCACCUUCCAGGCAUUUGAACAGUUUGGACAACAACUUCUGGCUCGUGGACACUACGCCAGCCCAGAGAUCAAGGAGAAACUGGAUAUUCUAGAGCAAGAACGGACAGACCUGGAGAAGGCCUGGGUCCAGCGCAGAAUGAUGCUAGACCAGUGCCUAGAACUACAGCUGUUCCAUCGGGACUGUGAACAAGCUGAAAACUGGAUGGCUGCCCGAGAGGCUUUCCUAAAUACAGAAGAUAAAGGAGACUCCCUAGACAGUGUGGAGGCACUCAUCAAGAAACAUGAAGAUUUUGAUAAGGCUAUCAAUGUCCAGGAAGAGAAAAUUGCUGUCUUGCAGUCAUUUGCUGACCAGUUGAUCUCUGCUGAUCAUUAUGCAAAAGGAGUCAUUGCAAACAGGCGCAACGAGGUUCUGGACAGGUGGCGGCGUCUGAAAGCGCAGAUGAUCGAGAAGAGAUCGAAAUUAGGAGAGUCUCAGACACUCCAGCAGUUCAGUCGUGAUGUGGAUGAAAUAGAAGCUUGGAUCAGUGAAAAGCUCCAGACUGCAAGUGAUGAAUCAUAUAAGGAUCCCACCAAUAUUCAGCUUUCCAAACUGCUGAGCAAGCACCAGAAGCACCAGGCCUUUGAAGCUGAGCUCCAUGCCAACGCCGAUCGGAUCCGCGGGGUCAUCGACAUGGGGAACUCGCUGAUCGAGAGAGGAGCGUGUGCUGGCAGUGAGGAUGCUGUGAAGGCACGCCUGGCUGCCCUGGCUGACCAGUGGCAAUUCCUGGUGCAGAAAUCAGCAGAGAAGAGUCAGAAACUGAAAGAAGCUAAUAAACAACAGAACUUCAAUACUGGAAUCAAGGACUUUGAUUUCUGGCUUUCAGAGGUGGAGGCUUUGUUGGCAUCUGAAGACUAUGGGAAGGACUUGGCAUCAGUUAACAACCUUCUGAAGAAACACCAGUUACUGGAAGCUGAUAUAUCUGCUCACGAGGAUCGUCUGAAGGACCUGAACAGCCAGGCUGACAGUUUGAUGACCAGCAGCGCUUUCGACACGUCCCAGGUGAAGGACAAGCGCGAGACCAUCAACGGGCGGUUCCAGCGCAUCAAGGGCAUGGCGGCCGCGCGCCGCGCCAAGCUCAACGAGUCCCACCGCCUGCACCAGUUCUUCCGCGACAUGGACGACGAGGAGUCCUGGAUCAAAGAGAAGAAGCUGUUGGUUAGCUCAGAAGACUAUGGCAGGGACCUCACUGGUGUGCAGAACCUUAGGAAAAAACACAAGCGCUUAGAAGCAGAAUUAGCUGCCCAUGAACCUGCUAUCCAGGGUGUCCUAGACACUGGUAAGAAGCUUUCAGAUGAUAACACAAUUGGAAAGGAGGAGAUACAGCAGAGACUGGCUCAGUUUGUGGAUCACUGGAAAGAGUUAAAACAGCUGGCAGCUGCUAGGGGUCAGCGACUAGAGGAGUCUCUGGAGUACCAGCAGUUUGUAGCAAAUGUUGAGGAAGAAGAAGCCUGGAUCAAUGAGAAGAUGACACUGGUAGCCAGCGAGGAUUAUGGGGACACACUUGCUGCUAUCCAGGGCUUGCUGAAGAAGCAUGAAGCUUUUGAGACAGAUUUUACUGUCCACAAAGACAGAGUGAACGAUGUUUGUGCUAAUGGAGAGGAUCUCAUUAAAAAGAACAAUCACCAUGAGGAGAACAUCACUGCCAAGAUGAAGGGCCUCAGAGGCAAGGUGUCAGACCUGGAGAAAGCAGCAGCUCAGAGGAAAGCCAAAUUGGAUGAGAACUCUGCCUUCCUCCAGUUCAACUGGAAAGCAGAUGUAGUGGAGUCGUGGAUAGGUGAAAAGGAAAACAGUCUGAAGACAGAUGAUUAUGGACGUGACCUCUCUUCUGUGCAAACACUACUCACCAAACAGGACACUUUUGAUGCUGGACUUCAGGCUUUCCAGCAGGAGGGAAUUGCAAACAUCACUGCUCUGAAAGACCAGCUACUAGCAGCCAAACAUAUCCAGUCAAAGGCCAUUGAGGCUCGGCACGCUUCCCUGAUGAAACGCUGGAAUCAGCUACUUGCUAAUUCUGCUGCCAGGAAAAAGAAACUCUUGGAGGCUCAGGAGCAUUUCAGAAAGGUUGAGGAUCUGUUCCUGACGUUUGCAAAGAAGGCAUCUGCCUUCAACAGCUGGUUUGAGAAUGCUGAAGAGGACCUGACAGAUCCUGUGCGCUGUAACUCGCUGGAGGAAAUCAAAGCACUGCGAGAAGCUCACGACGCCUUCCGCUCUUCACUUAGUUCUGCCCAGGCUGACUUCAACCAGCUGGCAGAGCUUGAUCGCCAGAUCAAGAGCUUCCGUGUAGCCUCCAACCCAUAUACUUGGUUCACUAUGGAGGCUCUUGAAGAAACCUGGAGGAAUCUGCAGAAAAUCAUCAAGGAGCGUGAGCUGGAGCUGCAGAAGGAACAGCGAAGGCAGGAAGAGAACGACAAGUUGCGCCAGGAAUUUGCUCAGCACGCUAAUGCUUUCCAUCAGUGGAUUCAGGAGACCAGGACUUACCUGCUAGAUGGCAUAGCAUAUCGUCGUGUCAUUCGUGUCUAUCAGUAUGAAGUUGGGGAUGAUCUAUCUGGAAGGUCCUGCAUGGUGGAGGAAUCAGGAACACUGGAAUCACAGCUGGAAGCUACUAAGCGCAAGCACCAGGAGAUCCGAGCUAUGAGGAGCCAGCUGAAGAAGAUUGAGGACCUUGGGGCAGCCAUGGAAGAGGCACUUAUCUUGGACAACAAAUACACAGAACACAGCACCGUGGGGCUGGCGCAGCAGUGGGACCAGCUCGACCAGCUGGGGAUGAGGAUGCAGCACAACCUGGAACAGCAGAUUCAGGCUCGAAACACAACUGGAGUCACCGAGGAGGCCCUGAAGGAGUUCAGCAUGAUGUUCAAGCACUUUGAUAAGGACAAAUCUGGACGACUUAAUCACCAGGAGUUUAAGUCCUGCUUGCGCUCUCUCGGCUACGACCUGCCUAUGGUUGAGGAAGGAGAGCCAGACCCAGAGUUUGAGUCUAUUCUUGACACUGUAGAUCCCAACAGGGACGGGCACGUCUCGCUCCAGGAGUACAUGGCCUUCAUGAUCAGCAGAGAAACGGAGAACGUGAAAUCCAGCGAGGAGAUCGAGAGCGCGUUCCGCGCCCUCAGCUCGGAGGGGAAGCCCUAUGUGACCAAGGAGGAGCUCUACCAAAACCUGACCCGGGAACAAGCCGAUUACUGCAUUUCUCACAUGAAGCCCUACAUGGACGGCAAGGGCAGGGAGCUCCCCUCUGCCUACGACUACAUAGAAUUUACACGUUCACUCUUUGUGAAUUGAUCUGAAACACUAGUACAAAAGAUGCGAAGGACAUGCUCACGUUUGCUGACUGUAGCUCUGCAUGUGUCUCUUUCUCUGUGCUCUACAAUAAUCAAUGUUACUUUAUGAUGUAACCUUAAACUGCUUAGCUUAAAACUCUUAGGGAAAACAAACAUUGCAGUGUGCUUCAAUAAAAGUUACUGGUCGAACCACA